AUGGCCGGCGUGGUUAACAACGAUGAACGCGUUUUCGACCGCCUAAGCUCCCGUUCACCGGAUGCACGGACCACAGCCGCUGACGAACGACUCCGAGACCUAGUUCCAGAUAGUCGAGAAGGUCGAUGCACCUGUCGUCGCCUGCUCUUUUGGUUCGUCAUCCAACUUAUGUCCUCAAGAUUCGCCCUCGGACUGCGGCCGGUCAUGAGCGGUUCCAGUGGCGGACAGUACAAGUGGUUCCUGUCGAAAAGUGACCAUGCGUCGUCGUACGAUUUGUUCCCGAAACCAUACAUCGACCCGAGCACGAAGACCGAGGUCGUCGUAUCAAUCGAGGACCCCGCCUACCUGCACUGCAUCGUGCAGCACCAACGGAACUAUCAGGUAAGCCGAUGA